UGAUCGCACGUAUAAAUACGCAGCACCUUUCGAACGCCCUAAAAUAUUUUCUUUUUCGCUCUGCAAAAAUUCAUCGUCUUCCAGAAAAUUCACCGCACAGUCCCCUCUCGAGCUUCUCCGCCGUCAGCAAUGGAGUUCUGGGGUGUGGAAGUCAAAAGUGGGGAACCCCUCAAUGUCGAACCUGGGGCUGAAACAGUUGUGCAUUUGUCACAGGCCUGUCUCGGAGAAACCAAGGAAAAAACAAAGGAAUCUGUACUUCUGUAUGUCCAUAUUGGGGUUCAGAAACUCGUCCUCGGAACUCUCUCUGCUGAUAAGUUUCCCCAGAUACCUUUUGAUCUGGUGUUUGAGAAAAGUUUUAAGCUUUCUCACAAUUGGAAAAAUGGAAGCGUCUUCUUCAGUGGAUAUAAGACACUACUUCCAUGUGGAUCCGACGCUGACAGUCCAUAUUCUGACUCCGACACUGAUGAGGGUCUUCCAAUUAAUGUUACUGCCCAAGCUGAUGUACCUGCGAAAAAAGCACCAGUGACUGCUAAUGCCAAUGCAGCAAAGCCCAACCUGGCUUCUGCUAAGCAAAAGGUAAAGAUUGUUGAAUCAAACGAGGAUGGGAAAAAUGAAGGGGACGAUGAUGAAGAUGCUGAUGUAUCUUCAGAUGAUGAUGCUGAGGAUGAUUCUGGUGAUGAGGACAUGGUCGAUGGAGGUGAUGAAAGUAGCGAUGAAGAUGAUGAUGACAGUGAGGAAGGGGAAAGUUCUGAAGAGGAAGAGCCUAAGGCUCAACCAAGUAAGAAGAGACCUGCUGAUUCUGUACUGAAAACCCCUGCGUCAGAUAAGAAAUCAAAACUGGAAACUCCUCAAAAGACUGAUGGCAAGAAGGCCAGUGAGCAUGUAGCAACUCCAUACCCUUCUAAGCAAGCUGGGAAGGUGAUUGCCAGUAAAGGUCAAGCUAAGCAACAAACACCAAACUCCAACGAGUUCUCGUGCAAACCUUGCAACCGGUCAUUUAAGUCGGAUCAGGCUCUUCAAUCUCACAACAAAGCGAAGCAUGGUGGAAGCUAAAACUUUGGGAAGUCCAAAGACACUGGCGAUUUUGUCCGACGGAGGUGGGUGAUGCCAAUCGAAGAGGCUCUGCAACCAGGAUGUUCUUUUAUUGUUAGUUGUGGCUUUUCAUGACUCCAUUCUGGAACGAACUAUGGGUCUUAACGAUCUGUAACGGCUUAAAACGUUUGAAGUUGAAAUACUCGUGUCCUUCAGUUAGCUGUUCGCAUUUUGAGCCCAUUCGAAACUUUGCAUUUGGGAUUUUUCAUUAUGGUUGCUGAUACCGGUGGUUUGGUUGAUAAAUCCAAGUAAAUUUUAGCAUGGUUGAU